GGAGAAGUCCUCACCAACAGCAGCGCUGUCAACAACCGAAAAGUCGCGCACAGGAGUUGAGCCGACUUACAGCCAGCAUUCGUCGUCGACCACAGCCGGAGCAAAAAACAUUUCUCCGGCGGGUAAUUCUGAACACACGCCGAAAUCACAUCCUGCCUCCGCAUCAACCUUUCCACACGAAUGGGGCCCGAUCGACUUCGUCGUGGGAGCAGGGCGGGCCAUUUCGUCUGCGUUUACAAGAGGAAUAGGCUGCCUCUACAGUAGUUUUGUUGACUUGGGGGCGUACAUCUUGGAAGUGCCGUUGUACACCAUCACUGGAAGCAGGACCACUGGUUCUGGGAAAACUGCAAGCAAGGAACUCUCCUCCAUGGCUCCCCUUAACCCUGCACAAACAGCGCAAUCCGUCGAUGCGACCGAGACGGAGGAAGUGCACCUCUCCGGGGAUGUACCGCCGCGAGGUUCGACGUUACUAGAAGCUGGGGUUAGGAGUGGAACAAGUUGGUCCGAAAAGUUGUCUGCUGCAUUCGUCGAGCAAGUGAAAGCUGCACGCGAAAGGCAGCGGCAACUGGAGCAGACGCAAGCACAGAGCGGGUCCGGCGCUUUGUCGUUGGCUGCGGCAAUUGCUCCCGUGCGCAGCUGGUUCGCGGGAGCGAGUUCUCCGUCAGAAUCGUUUUUCAGCGGGUUCUCGCUAGAUCUUCGCUCGGAGAAAAUUGACUUCACCACGAAAACGCUGGAUUUUUGCGUCGCUGCAGGCAGCGAGUCUGUUUGC